CCGUGAAUCGAAAAAAGAUCGACGCGAGUGGAGGCUAGCGGCGCAAUUGGCGAUUCCAGGUUUCGUCAGUACAAAGGGGCAUGUAUUCUACCCAUCGCACGACCUGUCUCAUCCGUUCCUGUCAUAUCGAUUCCAAAAUCACCCUCUAGGCAAUGAAUGGCUCAGCUCAAACGCAAGAUAUCCCCUCUCCGCCAAGCUUGCUUUCCGAUGUACCUGAUCCUUCGGAAACCAACACUCAUGCCCUGAUCCUCCCUCAUCAAUCCCUCUUCCUACCGGAGAUUCUAGCGAGACUGAGAGAACACUACGAACAAUACGGUAGUAUAGCUCAUUGGGCGCCAGUGAGAGGUUUUGGACGAGUCAUCAUAGUCUAUGAUUCUGUAGAAGGCGCGGAGAGGGCGAAAAGACAAGGCGAUUGGUUGAAACUUGACGUCGAUUUACCCGCCGAGGAGAGUUAUGAUCCGACAUUGGACAAUGUGUCGCCAGCAUCGAGUACCGGUCCGAACGGAUUACCAGAGGAUGGAAGCGGAGUCAUGGAUAUCGAUGAGAAUGAUUUUCAGCGAGCCGAAGGUAGUUCGAGUUCGCCAUUCAAGCGAGGUCAUAGGCGACGGAAAUCGAAAGGUCCAACCAGAGGGAUAACGCUCCGACUUCAUCCACUCCCCUUUACACCUCUCAACCCUGAUCCAUCCACUUUUCACCUCGCUCCACCUCACGCCGAGAAGAACUUUCUCAUAUCGCCUCCUGGUUCACCCCCGGAAGGUUGGGAGCCCGUCGUAGAGGACGCUCCAAAUUCAUCGACCCUCGCAGAAGAUCUCCAAAGAGCUCUCGAGGCCUUGCAGUUGAAAGGAAAGCACAGAAGAAGAGGCAGCAAAGAGGUCAUCCUUGAAGAAGGAGGGGUCAGGGUCGAAGUGGAAGAUUGCACCCUCCCCAAGGAUGACGGCACAGGCUCAGAGGACGGUCGUAGGACCCCUGUAGACGGAAGCUGGAGCACUGAGGAGAGAGUUACUGGAGGUGCGAGCCUGUGGGCUCCUCCAAGUCAGGACAGCACGCCUGCAGGCCGAGUCAGAAUCGUUCCUACUGCCAUGCCCCCGCGCCAAGGCCAAUGAUAUUGAGGGAUCCCCAACGCCUCAUCACGACAUGCCAUGAACGA